UCUGACCAGCAAGGGGCGCAGCUUAUUGCUCGGAUUGCUAACCCAGAGCUCAGCAUUCAUAGAAGAAGAACAAAGAAGGGAGAAGUCGGAGUUGACUCUCGAAGGUUGAAGCUGAGAGCCAUGGCUCGAGGGCAGCAGAAGAUCCAGUCCCAGCAGAAGAACGCCAAGAAGGCGGCAGAGAAGAAGAAGUCUCAUGGUGCCGACCAGAAAACAGCCGCCAAGGCAGCACUGGUCCACACCUGCCCCGUCUGUCGGACGCAGAUGCCAGACCCUAAAACCUUCAAGCAGCACUUUGAGAGUAAACAUCCCAAGUCCCCCAUGCCGCCUGAGCUGGCCGACGUCCAGGCAUAAAGGAAAAACCCGAACCUGGAUUCACAACGACCGCGGACCAAUUACUGCGUCGCC